AUGGACGUCCGUGAUUUGCUGACAACCAGCGCUGCUAGCCAGCCCGAAGAAGCCGCAGGCACACAAAGCCAGGACGCCACCCAGUCGAACGUGCAGCCUGGCACGACCGAAACUCCAGCUCACGAGCCGACGCAGGAGGCUCCGCAAGCGCUUGAGGCCCUUGGUGACGAUGACCAGUUUUCGGAUGGAUCGUCCGUUCUAGCCGUGGUUGGCAAUGCUACUUUGCUGUAUCUCUUGUAG